AUGUAUUUUGUCCGUAAAUAUCAAUUGCCUUCUGAUGUGGAGCCUCAAUCUAUUUCAAGCCAUGUUGAUAGCCAUGGACGUUUAACAGUCGAAGCCCAAAAGCGUUGGCAAGCAAUAGAAGGUAGAGAAAGGGCUAUACCAAUAGAAAGUCAAUCAACUGCCCGCCGUUUUGGAGCAAAUUCGCGUUCAAGUUCCUAUUCUCCCCGUGAUCAAUUUUAUGAUUCUGGUAGGGGCACUCAAGCUUCUGAUUAUUAUAGAGGGGAUAGUAGAGCUGGAGGUGGAGAUUAUUUAUUAUCUCCUAGUAGAAAUGGGGGUUAUAAAAGUGAAUAUGAACAGAGACAAACUGAUGCUAAUGGAAUGAGACAUGAAGCGCGUAGAGAAGAAUUUCGUGAAGAGUUCCGACGAACAGGUGCAAAUGCGCUUUCACCACCAACAUCAAUUUACCGUCCACCAUCUCGUUUAAGCGCUGUUGACAGCGUUGGAGGUGGAGGAGGGGCAGGAAGUCAUCGUUCUGAGUCUCAUUUUCGACGUACAGCUUCUGCAUCUCGUAAUGAAUAUCGUGGGGGAUAUAAUGGAGCUGAUCAUUUAUUGCGCCCAGCAGAAGAAUUGGGUGGACGUUCUUCUGUUUUUGGCCGUAGUGUGCCUAUUCAACGUGCAUAA